AUGAAUUUUUCAAGGCUUUUCAGCACCCUCCCGAGCUCUCUCUUAUCAUUUCAGUCUCUCCCAAUCCAAUCCUUUGUCCAGUCAAUUCCACCUUUGAGCAUUCCAACAUCUGAAGCACUUUUGCCUCACUACAACUUAGUCAAGUCAAUCCAGGACAACCCAUCAGACUUAGCAAGCCAAAUAAGGAAGCUGCCUAGGUUUGAUCCAUCCUUAAUAAUAGACGAUAAUGAUCAAAUUGAGCUCGCAACUCUACUUCAUGCGUAUCUUGCUUCAGCUUAUUAUUGGCAUUCAAGCACUCCUUCUCAGAGAAUUCCAUCAAAUAUUUCAGUUCCUUUUUGCAGGUUAAGCAAUCAUUUAGAUCGUGCCCCUAUGAUUUCAAUUGUUUCCACGAAUUUCCAAAACUGGAAGUUGAAAGAUGAAUCGAAGGAAUUCCACCCAGAUAAUAUUGAUAGCUUGUUUACUUUCUCAGGGACUGAUGACGAGACCUUCUUUUACCACUGUGGGACUUAUAUUGAGUACUUGGGCAAUGCAAUAAUUGAAACAAUUCCGACAUUUUAUAAUGGAAUCCAAACCAAAAAUGAGGAAGACGUCAAAAAUUCACUAAAAAUUUUUGUUGAUACAUUAAAAGAUAUGAAAAAGGCUUUGUCAUUGGUCUUUCAAAGGGUAGAUCCAAAUGUAUUUUAUUUUGGCUUCAGAAGAUACUUACUCUAAUCCCCAAUCGCAAUUUUCUAAAAUUUUGGGAAAUUACCGCAAUUCCUUAUUGAAUAGCCUCAAGUAUUAGUAUAGGGUAAUUAAAAUUCUUUUCUUCUUCUUAUUAAAUAAUGGCGGGCGGUUCAAUCAAUGAAGGAGUUAGGGUCUUUUGACGGUGUAAUAUAUGAAGGAGUUUCUGAGACUCCUCUAAAGCUAAUGGGGUCAACUGCAGCCCAAAGCCCCUUGGUUCGGCUUAUCGAUGCAAUUUUUACUUUGAAUUCUAAUGAUACAUUUUUAUCAGGGAUUUUCCCAUAUAUGAAAAAAGAGCAUAGAGACUUUAUCGCUUUCGUUGAAAAAAGCAGGCCAAAAGAUAUCAGGAAAACUGUCGUUGAUUUGGAUGCAGUUGACGAAUGGAAUUCAGUGAUAGAAGAAUUUGCUAAUUUUAGAAAAACGCAUUGCAAACUUGCUUAUCAAUAUAUUAUCAAGCCAAGUCAAGGAGGCAGCACUAAGGGAACUGGUGGGUCUUCUAUUGAGUCGUUUUUAAAUAGCUUGAUUGAAAAUACAAGAAAGCUGAUGAUAACAACUUAUUAUUAA